GUUAUGGAGUUAGAAUCAAAAUUGGCUGAAGCUGAAAAGGAGGUCCAUUUUGGAGGUACAAGGGCUGGAAAUAAACAUAAUUGUAUCUUAAUUGCUCAAAGGUGGGAUGCGGAAGUUUUACUUCCGAAGGUGGAUCCAGGCUCAUCUGUUAGAGAGAAUGAAGGUUUUGCAGAGGAGGGUGUAUUACUAGGGGGUCAGAGGGCAUGCCCCCCCCCCCCCAGAAAAUUUUGAAGACUAGAAAUGUACUACCUCUCGCAGUACUUGUAUUUUAGUCAAAAAUGAAGAAACAUAAAUAGAAUGUUCUAAACAAGAUGAUGAUCAUGCAGAGGUGAUCGUCUUAAAGUGAACCUACCAGUGAUAAGGAAAAGUUAUUUUGUUGAAAUCAUCUUGAAAAGCAGCAUUUCAGCUUAAAUUACAACACAAGCACACAUCUAAUGUGGAUGCCCCCAGGUAGAUCCACCUAUGUUUACCUCCUUCUGCUAUCUAUGCCACGUGUGAAGUUCAGCAUCCCUCCCGAAAUAGCAUAAUUGAUAGUAUACAGUAUUAUGUAGAAAAAAUACCUAAAUCAUAAAGAUUUCAGCAUGUAGCUGUGGUUUUUCUUGGGUUGCAUAUGUUUAGAAGUGUGUUCCUCUUUUGUAGUGUCUCAAAGAAACUGUGUGAUGACAACUAUGAUUUGUGUUUCUUAGGUGGAAAUAAAAAGAGUCGAUCAGCAGCAGAUUGGAUACCAAAACCUCCUGAAAGGUGUGUGUUUCAGUCAUUUUUAACACACGUCAGAUGUAAUCAUGAUUACAAACUUUGGUUGGUAGAGAUGCAACUACUUGCAAAAUACAAGCAGAAAUGUGACGUUUCAAGCGAAUUUGUCCUUGUAUUUUUCAGGUAAUUGCAUCACGACCCAAUUUUGGGGGGAGGUGCGCACCUCCCCUGUGAUCCUCCCCAGGGAAUUUUUGCACCUCCUUUGAAAAGUCAUGCACCUCUUGGGAAAGUUUCAAUGAUAGGUGAAAGUGAAAAUUUGACAUUUUUGGUCAGAGCUCAACAAGUCUAGACAAAAAUUUCAUCACAACUUGAAAAAGCAUCACAAAAUUAGUAAUAUUCCCAAGUUUCGUUCCGAAAUGUUGUAAAAUGCAGAUAAUACAGCCUUGCAAAGUUUGCAAUUUUCAGUCAUAUUGUAUUACGUGCGGGAAAUACAGACCUCCUUCGGAAUGAGGUAUACUACUGCACCUCCCCUAAAUUUUUUUUUCACCUCCCCCACCAUUUCCACCAAAAUCCGGCCUUGAGUUGCAUCACACCAAACAUCUACUAACCGAAGUUUUGUUAUUAUUGAGACUACCUAAACUGGUACAGACAAUUGAAGUUGUAAUUAUGAUCGUCUAUCAGCUCAAUGUUCUAUCAUGCAACACUAAGCCCAAAAAAAAAUAUGUGGGUUUCCGGUUUCCCAACCCUACCUAGCUUUUAGACGUCGAAAUCCCGACCCUAAACUUUUUUAUUGGAUCAUGCUUGUAAGUGUUUCCACUUAGAGGGAAAAGUUUGUGGAAAAUUGAAAUUUGAGGCAAUAUUAGGGAAAUUUAUCUUUGAAUGUGGAAGCACUGACUAAACAAAAUGGGGUCCAGUUGUUAGGGAAAAAAAAGUUUAAAAAAAAAGUUAAAACCGACCUACCCUACCUAAGUUUUUAUAAAAGGAAACCGGAAACCCACAUUUUUUUUGGCUUAAACUAGUUCAUUAAUCACUACUGUGAACAUAUCAACUUUUACAGUAGAACAAUCAUCGAAACAUUUAGGAGCCAUUAGUGAAGUGUUUUACUGAUGAUAAUUUGCAUUGCAUUGAAUUUUCUUUAUAGAUACACAUUGACUGGUCAUAGAAGUCCUGUAACGAAAGUACUAUUUCAUCCAACUUUUAGGUAA